AUGGAUCCUCCCGGCAAACGCACGCGGGUGGACGACUACUACUCAGCGAGCAAGAAGAACGGGCCGCCAAAGGCCACGUUCUCAACGCCGUUGCGCGGAGGUGACGACGAAGAGCCCGAAUCGACGCAGGAAGACUGUCACAGGCUCCCAAGCCUUUCCAUUGGACGCGGCGAGGACUGUGACGUGCAGCUCAGCGGCGACGAGGGGCUCGUGCUGCGGGCGCGGAACAAGUCCGUCUUCGUGCGCCGCGGUGAGGUUUGGGAGGAGCUCCCCGCAGGCGAGGAGACCCGCAUAGAGGAGCAGCAGCGGUGGGGGCUGCUCCGCAAAAGCAACCGCUACAGGGUGCGCUCGGUGCCGCCGUUGUGCAAGGUGGGCUCCGGCUCCGGAUCCUUUGAUGCUGGCUAUUCUCGCCUGCUGUGCCGGGUGCUCGCCGAGGGGGAGCUGCAGCGCAACAGGAAGGGCGUCAAUCGGACGCUCUCAAAGGCCGCCUUCACCCUCGACAUUGAUCUGGAGCCGCCCUCCCCGCUCGCGCCGCCAGAAGACCCUGCCUUUGAGACGCUCGGGCUCGUGCCGCUGACCACGCUCCGCUUUCUCGCGGCCAAACCGGGCCUCGUCGAGGCGCUGUGGUACUUGCGCGGCGAGGCGACCAUUGACUUCCUCAGGAGGCACAAGUGCCGGUUUUGGGACGCGCAGGCCUCCGUAGACGGCGUCGUCGGGCUAAACUAUGGGCUGCUCACCCGCUGGCCGCAGGCCGAGGGGGGGCGCCUGAACCCGCUCGAGAAGGACGUCAUCACGCCGCUCUGCAAGCGGCGCGGCGAGCCGUCGCGCAACUUGAUCGUCUCGCUGGUGCACCCCUCCCAGGCGACGGUCCAGCCUGCGUGCACAUCCUCGGCGCAGUUUUCGGUCCGAGGCGGAUCGCUCGACCUCGCGCUCCAGCAGCGCUCGUCGGACGUGAUUCUCGGGCUGCCGCACGACGCGUACGUCUGGUCGGUGAUCCUCCACCUCGUGGCCCGGGAGGUGCGCCGCCGCACUGACGGCGAGGUGGCGCUGAGCGCUGGUCGUCUCAGCAUUCACCUCCCCGCUGGCAGCGCACAUGCGUACGCUGUGAAUGAGGAUGCCCUGCGAGAGCUGUCUCGCCGUGCGCCGAAGGGCGGUGUUGCCCCACGGGUGCUUCUGCGUCGGGACGCACCCGGCCUCUUCGAACUUGCAGCGCUGGACGAUUCGCCAGCGAUGCUUAGAGUGGAGGGCUACGAUGAUUCGUGCUGCCACCCGCGAAUUGUGGUCGCGCAGGCGAAUGGAUGA